AGUCUAUGCCCUGUCAGGGCUCCUCUUGGAGCCAGCGUCAGAUCACUGAUGGAUUCUCCUUUUCCCCCUCGCUAAAGAGGUUCGUUCUUAACGCCUCUGGUGGUAACUCUUCGGUUGGGGAUGGCUGGGCCUGGUUUCAGUGGCUUGUGGCAAAUGCACGGGGGGCCACGGCGGAUAUUUCCGCAGUGGCGCAAUUACGGGGAACUCGGGACUGGCUUCAUAAUGUUUCUGGGUCCGUCGCUGGGACUCCCAAUGGCCGGAGGCGCUUCACACCUCGUUCUUAUAACUCCUUAUUUACUAAUGCCUCUUUGCCUCCUGCCCCAGUUUACCUCCAGUCCCCUUUCCUGUUUCUACUGGCUAAUGACUCCACCAAAGAUUUUCUAGACUGUUCUAAUGUCACCUGUUAUUUGGCCAAAUGUUGGAAUGCCUCUUGGUCCGUGGCAGUAGUGAUGAAAAUUCCAACCUUUGUGCCGAUUCCUGUUACUGCCAAUUCUGACCAUUUUCCUCUUGUCAAGCUGCUAAGACAGCGUAGAGAUUUUGGAAUUACGGCGGCUAUGGUUACCGCUGUUGCAGUUUCCGCAGCCGCAGCUGUUACAGCUGGAGUAGCCAUGGCCAGCCAAGUACAAACUGCUGCCACUAUUAAUCAAGUUAUUCAACAAACAUCCACUGUACUUGAAUCUCAAAGUAAAGUCAAUCAACAUAUUUUAUCUGGGAUUUUGGCUGCUAAUCAAAGGAUAGAUCUGCUUCAAGCUCAAGUUGAGGAAUUGUCUGAUCUGGUACAUUUGGGUUGUAUUGAUCAACGUGCACAUUUAUGCAUAACCUCUGUCAGAUUUAAUGAUUCCAGGAAUGCUUCUCGCAUCAUCGGAGAAUAUCUAUCCGAAACCUGGUCCUUGGAAGCAAAAAACUUGAUCCAGUCUCAAGUGACUCAGAUUGCUGUUUUAAAUAGCACCCGUGUCCAACCAGUGACUCUGGGUCAACUCACCAGUUGGCUGUCCUCUGCCUUUUCCUUUUUCAAGGAAUGGGUGGGAGUGGGCAUUUUUGGGACAAUGUGUUGCUUCGGUGUUGUACUUUGUUUGUGGCUCCUCUGUCGCCUUAAAGCUCGCCAUACGCAAGAAAAGGCAAUGAUUGUACAGGCUCUUGCAGCUCUAGAACAGGGUGAUUCUCCACAGGUCUGGCUUGCUCAUUUGAAAAUGUGAUUGGUUCCCAUGGAGUGGCUCCUUCAGUGUGUUUAUCUUGUGGUACCCAGAGACGGGCAACUUCUACGCUCAUGUCACAACCUAAGACAGGGGAACGGGGCCUCCCCAGAGACGGGUAAGUGACAUGAGGGCAGUAGACGACCUAAGACAGGGGCCACUUGAUUCCGCCUCCACUUUGCGAAAAACAAAAAAAGGGGGACUUGUGGUGAAGCCCCUGGCCCUGGAACAGGAAUAAGUUUCCUGUUCCUUGUUCCACAUGUGGAGGCGCGUACCACUGAAGCGUGAAUCAGCCUUGUGGGCUUCCUGUCAGCCUUGUGGGCUUCCUGUUUAUCUGCCCUCAUGAGAGCCUGGGACAGAUUGUACUUGCUGAUUAGUUGGCCCAGCUGGGCCUUGCAUGACCGACCUGCAAAACCUGACCUAGUUUGCUUAAGGCUGCCCGAGACCGCUUCCUGCAGAAUAGAGUGUGUGUGUGUGUGCUUAACCCUGAGUGUGGGAGGAUAUA